AUGGAAACAAAUAAAAAAAUAACCCCCCGAAAGGCUGCCAUGCCCAUGAAGUUACUUGCCGUUACCUGAAAAAGGAAAAAACUUGUUCAUGCCCCACCUCUUAUGGAGGGAGCUCUCGCUUCAAGGAUCCUUGAGAUGGGGCCUGCUGGUGCCAAGUUCUUAGGCCCGGUGAUUAUUGAAGUGCCGCACUUUGCUUCUUUGCGAGGCAAAGAGCGUGAGAUAGUGAUCCUUCGCUCAGAUAAUGGAGAAACCUGGCGAGAACAUACACUUGAGGCAACAGAGGAAGCUGUUCAAGAGGUUUUAAACGAGAGCUUUGAUGGAGAGGAGUUGAAACAACUGGAGGACUUGAAUACCAACCGCAUCACACGCAUUUUGACCACCGACUUCCCACAGUACUUUGCAAUUGUUACACGCAUCAGGCAGGAGGUACAUGAAAUUGGCCCUGAGGGAGGUAUGGUGUCAUCGACAGGGGUGCCUCAGGUCCAGGGGGUGUUCCCCAGGAGCUCUGAAAAAGGGGAAGAUAAAGUGGGAUUACAGGCCCAGCCAAUUCCAACUGACCUUGUGGCAAAGCUGCUGGGUAACAGGGUUGCUGUGUCGCCAAUUGUAACAGUGGAACCACGUAGACGCAAGUUCCAUAAGCCCAUUACCCUUACCAUCCCAGUGCCUCAAGCUUCUAGCAAGGGAAUGAUCAACCAGUAUUCUGGUGAAGCUCCGACCCUUCGUCUUCUCUGCUCGAUCACCGGCGGCACAACUCGUGCUCAGUGGGAAGACGUCACAGGAUCUACACCCCUCACAUUUGUCAAUGACUGUGUCAGCUUCACUACUACAGUUUCUGCCAGAUUUUGGUUAAUGGACUGCAGCAACAUACCAGAAGCCACUAAAAUGGCCACAGAACUCUACCGGGAGGCAAUUCAUGUACCUUUCAUGGCGAAGUUUGUCGUAUUUAGCAAGCGACACCAGCUGGAAGAAGCAAGAGUAAGAGUAUUCUGUAUGACUGAUGACCGGGAAGACAAGACACUUGAACACCAAGAGUUGUUUGUUGAAGUUGCUAAGUCUCGUGAUGUUGAAGUGUUGGAGGGCAAACCACAGUUCCUAGAAUUUGCUGGUAACCUAGUUCCAGUCACAAAGUCUGGGGACCAACUUGCUUUCAACUUCUAUGCGUUCCGAGAAAAUCGGCUUCCGUUCACAGUUCGUGUAAAGGAUCAGCAUGCUGACCCUAUUGGCAGAGUGGCCUUUAUGCGACAACCUAAGGAUGGGCGUUGGAAGAAGGCUUCACUAAUUAGCCUGUUAAAACCCCCUGUGUUUCAGGUUGGGCGUGGUGAUCCCCCUCAGACCCCCAUCUGUAACCUGAACAUUGCCCUGCCUGACAACAUCCAGCCCGAGCCUGCGCCCUCAGAACCUGACCUCCUCGCCCUAGAGAAGAAGUACUCCUUCCUCUCCAUUAGCAAAGCUGACACCAUCCAUAAAGCUGAUCUUCGUCUCACUGACAUAUCAAAUAUGUUGGGCACAGACUGGGUUGCUCUUGCACACGAGCUAGAAAUUAGUGAUUCAGACAUCAAUAUAAUCAAGUCACAGUAUCCAGAUAAUGCUCCUCAGCAGGCCAUUGUUAUGCUUAGGCUCUGGAUGCAAACAUCUGGAAAUAAGGCAAAUGGAAACACACUGGAAAAAGGCCUGCGAAAGAUUGGACGUGAUGAUAUUGUGAAUCAGUGUAUAUUCAACGUAGAACUGGUCACAGACGAUAUUGAAAGAGCAAUGGCUAAGGCACAUCUAGACCAGUCUGGUUUUGAAGCCUUCAGGGAUGAGCUUGGUCCAUCACGGGAUGCUACUCUUAAUCGAGAUGUAUCCUUAGAUGUGUCAUAUGAUGAACAAGACAUGAUGAAAGAAGCUGAGAGUGCUGAAGAGGAAGAAGAGAAUCAAAGAGCAUACCAGGAGAAGAGCAGUCGAGAGCAGCGCACAGUGGACAUGUCUCCAACAUAUGAGAGUGAGGAGAAGAAAUAUGCUGGUGAAGAGAAGAUUGUCACUGAGGAGAAGGUGACAAAAGACGUAACAAAAGAUAGUUCUAGUAUUACAAUAAGUACUACAUCAGCAGCUGUUAUAAAGGAGCCUACAGAAAAAUCUAAACUAGAAAUGGUUAUUAAAGAAACAACUGUAUCAGAGCCAGUUCAAGAAACAAAGAUCGAGUCCAUCAUAAAAGAGCAAGUUGUCUCAGAGCCCAUAAAAGAGAUGAAGGUAGAUUCAUCUUUCACCGAACCUGUAGUUUCGGAACCUAUUGAAGAAACUAUUACAACAGCAGCAGAAGAGGUUAUUUUAAGAGAAGAGCCACUAGAUUUGUUGGAAAAUAAUAAAAUUCAUUUUACUGUGGCAGAGGCUGAAGAGAAAGUGAUUGAGAAAGAUGAACAGGUAGUAGAACAGGAAGCAUUAGAGAAGCCUAUUGUUAAAGUAGUAGAAAAGCCUGUAAAGGUUGAGGAGAAAAUUCUAGUAAUGAAGGAGGUAUCUGAAGUGCCUAAAGACAUUUUAGCUCCAGAAACAGAGGACCAGCAAAAGAUACAGACGACAGUUACAACAGAGAUUAUAAGUGGACCGGAAGGAAUUCUGACCCCUGUUACUACCACAAAGAGAGAAUCAUAUACUACUUCAGAGGAUGGAACUGUACAAGAACAUAUUGUUGUUACAAAACAGAUCACUAAAACUGUUGUUGAUGGAUUACCAAUGGAAGAAGAAGACAAGUCCAUCAUCCUUCAGAAACUUGGUGAGGAACUAGGCAGACUGGAUGAGAAGUUAGAGGAGAAAUUCAAGGAGAAGAGAAAAGCAGAUGAGCCAGAAGUGGCACAAGAAGAGGUGAUAGAGGAAGCGGUAGUGGCUAUGCGUCGUGAGGGCCAUGCCCAACCUACCUCACAGAUUGUGGUGGAACAUGGCUCUCUGCCAUCCACUCUUUCUGUGACCACCACUACUACCACAACAACUUCAAGGAUCGCUCCUAUACCAGAUGGGUUCACUCAGACGUCUGUUGAGUUGAGUCAGAUGUCCUCUACACGGGGCACCGCUGAAGUGAGUUUCCCAGCCACAACCACCACAACUGAUGAUAUUGUCAUGCAGAUGGGACAAGCCUUAACCCAGCAGGCGGCACUCCGGCUUGUGGACAGAAGGGUUGUCCAUGAUGAUCCACUUCAGCAGGAUGUGCUCCAGCUUGUGGACAAAAGGGUUGUCCAUGAUGAUCCACUGCAACAAGAGGUAUCCCAGCUUGUGGACAGAAGGGUUGUCCAUGAUGAGCCACUUCAGCAGGAGGUGCUUCAGCUUCUGGACAGAAGGGUUGUCCAUGAUAAGCCACUUCAGCAGGAGGUAUCUCAACUUGUUGACAGAAGGGUCAUCCAUGAUGACUCAGUUCAAGAGGUAUCCCAGCUUGUAGAAAGAAGGAUUACCCAUGAUGACUCACUUCAAGAAGAGGUAUCCCAGCAGCACUUUACUGACAAACAACAACCACUUGAUAAUACUGCAGUUGUAUCAGACAGUUCGGCUAAGAGUGGACGAACGGAGGAGAGGGGGUGCAGUCCUAUUACUGUGCUUGAAGCAAGGCCUGAAAUGAACCAAAUGAAAGUUAGACCACUUUCCAGAGGUAGUUCCCACACGAUCACCACAACUACCAGCUGGGGAGCACCGGUCUCCACUACCACUAACAUUCAGCUCUGUGAUAAUGAAUCAGCACACUGUGUGCAACUUACUUUGCAUUCAGAGAGUUGUGUUACAUUGCAUGCUCCUGAAGAAAUUUGGGAGGAGUUACGACAUGUCAGGCAACAGCCAACACCACAAGAACAGCAGCCAACACCACAGGAACAGCAGCCAAUGCCAAAAGAACAGCAACCAACACCACAAGAACAACAGCCAGUACCAAAAGAACAGCAGCCAACACCACAAGAACAGAAGCCAACACCACAAGAACAGCAGCCAACACCACAAAAACAACAGCCAACACCACAAGAACAGCAGCCAACACCACAAGAACAGCAGCCAACAUCACAAGAACAGCAGCCAACAUCACAAGAACAGCAGCCAACACCACAAGAGCCACAGUCAACAAUGCAAAAGCAGCAGACAACACUGCAAGAGCAGGAGCCAAUACCACAAGAGCAGCAACAGUUACAACAGCAGCAGCCAACACCACAUGAGCAGCAACAGUUACAACAGCAACAGCCAACACCACAAGAGCAGCAACAGCAACAAAAGCAGCAGUCAUCACUACAAGAGCAACAACAACAGCAGCAAGAUCAGGAAUCCAGCCAAAUAGUGUCAAAUGUAGAAAUGGAGAGUAAACUUACUGAAGAAACUGUAGCAGUUAUAACAAAAUCAAAAAAACUGAAUAAAAAGAGAGACCUUCAAGUAGAGGAACAUUAUGAGAAUGAUAGUGAAAAAGAUGUUGAAGAAAGGACAGACACUGUAGAUGAUUGUAACAUUGAGCAAUCACUCAGUGAUCACAAGUUAGUAGAAAGUGUAGCAACAUUGGAUGAACCCAUUACUGAAGACCAUCAUAAAAGUCAAGAUCCAUCCAAGAAGGUCUUUUCUGAUACAUUUGAACAGACUACAGUUGUAACAUGUGAUGAAUUAGUUAAAAGUAUACAGAAGCAUUUAAGCAAGGAAAUAGAUAUUUCAGGUAAAUACAGAGGGAAAGAAUUUGAAGAAUUAAGUACAUUAAGUGAAAGUAUAUCACCAGUAACAGAAGUUGAAGAUCUGAUAUACAAAGAAAAGGUUUCCAGAGAAGUUGCUGUGUUAAGUGAUGAGGCAGUUGAUAAAGAUAUCAUUUUAUUAUCAGCUGAAGAUUCUGUUGCUGCAUUAACACAAGCUCUUUUGAGAAAUAUAGAACUAAGUGAAUAUGAAGACCCAGCAGCUUUAAGUGAAAAACUUCUUUAUGCAGCAAAUGAAGUUAUAGCCCCAUCAGCACACCGUCCAACGACACUCAUGAUAACUUCGAAUUCAAACGAAUCGACCGACGAUGCAGAAUGCAUGGCAAACGACCCUACCAGAGAUGGAAGGGAAAACGAUAUUCCUCAGGAUCUGAAACAAGAAGGAAGUAGUACGGCAGUCAUGGAAGAGUCUGAACAGCAAGAGAUGCAAAUGGUGCAGUCAACAGUUAUGAAUGAGCGCCUUUCUGGAAGUGAGAGUGGCGCUGUGCCUCGUACAGAGCGUUCUGUGCGGUCAGCACCUCGCACCACUACCUUAGUUAAGGUAAAAGUGGAGAAAAGACCUGUUGGCAGCCAUCCUCAAGCACGAGAAAGAAUUGCUCAUGAACACCAAACAGUAGUUCAUGCCCCUUCUGUAGAGGAGGAAAUGCGUGGAUUAAUGCAGGAAGUAAAGGAAGCAACCAGUCAAAUAAAGCAAGAGGUGAAAGAAUUACGUCAAGCUGACACACCUACUCCUGACACUCCCACACCUUUGAGAGAGUUUAAGGAGUUCUUAAACAGAGAGGAAGAACAAGAACAGGAGCGUCUUCCCACAAUUAAGGAGAUAUGUCGUGAAAGUGAGGAAGAUGCUUUUGUCAACACAGGAGGUGAGCAUGCAUAUGAAAAUGAGCAGUUUAAACUCAGAUUGAGUGUACCAAUACAAGAGCAAAUUGUCCAACCUGAUAUUGAUGACAUUGUUCAUCCAAACAGUGAGGAUUCCACUGUAGAAGGUUACUAUGCUGUGUCUGUUAACCCUUCUCAAGCUGCCAAGUACACACCUUUCAGUGCAAUAGUUCCUGAGGAAUACUCUGACGAGUGUAAUAUUAAGUCCAAACCUGAAAGCCCUUCAACCCCUGUAGAUAAUUUUGAUAGUUUCCCUGUAGUUAGCAUAGGUAGUGACAUGUCUUCUAAUAGUAAAGAGCAAAGCAAAUCUAAGCUUAAGUCUUUCUUUAAGAAAGUUCGUAAACUAACAUCCAAAGGGCUUCAUAAACCUGAAAGUGGGACACUUGAUGACCUUGGGGAAAAUUUAUUAGAUAGGAACAGAGAAAUUCCAAGUAUUGCCAACUACAAAUCAGAAAUCUGGGAAAGAAGUGGGAUCAAAACAAAUGUUGAUGAGGUUAAGUCACCAUUUUAUGAAUCUAUCAGUACAAUUAUACAGCCAGAGACUCUUGAAGAGAAAUAUGAUAGAUAUGAGGAAGACCAAUGUAGAAUUGGAGAGCAGAAGCAAAAUGAAAGUAGUGUGAUUAAUUUGAAAGUGCCCAUUGAAGAUCCUAUAAAGGAAAUUACUAUUUCUUCCUUAACAGGUAGUAUAGUAACUGAAAUCAUAGACACACACCCAGCAGUAUCAAAAUCACUAGUCAGUAAAGAAGUCGAUACAGAUUGUAAUAUUUCAGAAUUUCCAUUUAGUGAAGCAUGUCAUAGUCACUCUGCUUUAGAGUGGCCACUUACAGAACAACCCUUGACUCUCUCUCCAGCACUAGAAUUCUCUGACUCUGAUGUGCCUCACAUCAGUAAUGUUUCUCAUACUGCUGAGGUGCCUCACACAACUGAGACACCUCACACCGGUAUGGUUUCUCACACUGCUGAGGCAUCUCAUACCACUGAAGUACCUUACACUAGUAAGGUUUCUCAUAUUACUGAGGCUCCUCACACUGCUGAGGUUGAAGUACCUCACACCACUGAAGUGCCUUAUACCUCUGAGUUUCCAGAAUUACAGCUUACAAAGGAUGAAAUUCACUAUACUGGAACUCCUAAAUUUGAUUUCUCACAUACUGAGAUACAUUACAUUAGGUCUUCAGAAGUAGCAUCACCAAUUAUUGUAGGCAAUUUUUCAGUGCCAGAAUUGGAAAGCAAUGAACUGGACUACACUGAUUCUUCAUUGUCAGAUUUCCCAUCAGGGCAAGCUUCACUUCAUAUUGAAGUUCCGUGCACCGAGGCUUUAGUAUCAGGAUUGACACUGAGUGUAGUACCUCUUCCUGUGUGUUCAGAAUCAGAAUUAUCAGACACUAAAGUGCCUCUUGUUGAAUCUUCAGUGUCAGACUCACCACCCACUACAGUGUCUCACAUCCUGCAUUCAGUAUCAGACACUAAAAUGCCUCUCACUAAAUCUUCAUUAUCUGAAUCACCACACACUGAAGUACCUCACACUUUUUGCUCACUAUCAGACAACAAAGUGCCUCAUAUUGACCCUUCGGCAUCAGAAUUGCCACAUACUGAAGUGCCUCUCAUCAUGUGUCCAGCAUCAGACACUAAAGUGCCUCCUGUUGAAUCAUUGAUAUUAGAAUUACCAUACACCGAAGUGCCUCUCACUGAGCAUUCAGUAUUAGAAUUUGCAUACACUGAAGUGCCUUUGACUGAAUCUAUUGUGCCAGAAUUGCUACACACUGAAAUGUCUGACACUAAGUCUUCAACAUCAGAGAUACACUGUACUGAAGUGCUUUACAGUGAACUUCAAAUGCCAGACUUAACAGGUGCUAUGGUGUCCCUGGUUGAUUCCUCAUUAUCAGCAGUGUCACACACUGAGGUUGCAGUUGUAGAGCCAUGUGACUCUACUGAACCUUUGUUGACUGAUAUAUCAGCUAUUGCACCACUAAAUGAAAAUUCAUCAGUCACUCUUUCAGCAGAUCGAAAACUAGAGUGUGUGUCUGUGUUGUACAAACUAAAGAAGAAUGGAAGCAGAGCAAUGGUAUCUCAUUCAGCAGGUGAUAUUAAUGUUGGUUUGCCAUUUGAAAAAAUGGAGGAAAAUGAUAAUCUGGCAUUUAAAAAUGUAGAGAAGCAUUUUGGGAAAGAUAAUGAUAAUGUUACAAAUACUUCAAUAGGAACAGAAAUAAAAGAAAAUGAUAUUAAACAGGCAGUAAAUUUCCAGAUGAUGGAAUCAAUUAGACCAGACUUGCAUACUACUGAAAUACCAGUUUUACAAUCACAGUCUACAGUAAAGACAGAACAGUGCCCACAAGUGUUGACAUCAGACAAAAUCUUUGAUAUAAAAUCUGAACACAAUAUAAAUGUUGGCAAUGGGCAUUUAGAAGUGCCCAAAGAUGUAUGGGUGGGGGAAGGAUCAAGGGAAAGUUUGUUUUCUGAAGAAAGCAUCCAAUUUCCAUCACUGGUGGAACUCGCUGAAUUCUGUCCAUCAUCAACAGUAUAUGAAGAUGAUGAUGAGUAUAUUGAGUUUCCUAAUUCAGAUGUUGUUGAGAUACUGGAGACAGUAUUUGAACUUGAUGAAACUGAAGACAUAGAUGAUUGUAGCCAUAAUGUUAAAGGUACUGAAUAUUUUGAAAAACAAGAAAUUGGAACACAGUACCAAAUGGAAAGAAGCAGUGAGUUGCAUUUUACCAUUGAUGAUAUGUCAGAUAUUUAUGAUACUCAUAAUGAUGAAAUACAAUUAUUAUCUGAGGCAGAUAUUAAAGCAAUGGAUGAAUCUUCAAGCUUUCUUGAGAAGCCCAGAAAUGAAACUCAACUGUUAAAUGAGAUUGAAUGUACACCAUUAGUGCAGUCAUUUGGUCUGCAAGAAAAUAUAGAAACAAGAGCAGCUAUGAUGAUGGAUAUUAAUACAAAAGGAAAUAAAGAUGAAUUUGAUGAAACAAAAAGCAGUAAUUUAAAAUUUGAUAGAACAGAGCAUGUGUUGCAUCUUUCACAUUCUCCAGAUAUAUUAUGUAAAGAUGAUAAGUUCAUACAAAAAGAUGAAAGAUGUAUAGAUGAUUAUAUCAAAUCAGGUAAAAUAAUUCAGGAAGAUAUACCACUAAGUGACACAGUUCUCCAUAAGAGGAUUUUAGAUCCAAAUGAAGAAAUAGGCUUAGAUAGUGGCGAAAAAUUCAAAGUUGAGGAAAGCAAAGAUUUUGAUGAUUCCUUGACUGAAGAUAUAACAGAAAUAGAAAACAUGCAGCAAACCAAUUUAAGUGUUGUUAAAAGAGGUUUGAAAUAUGAACCAGAAGAGAAUUCAUCAGUGUUAAAAUCUAGUGCAGAAAAAUUGAUCAGUGAUGUAUCUGAGGUUAAAGAGGUCAAAGAAUUACACAUAGCUGUAUUAAAUGAGCCAUAUAUCAAACAUUUACACAAUAUUCAUGUAGUUGAAGCAGAUGAAGCAUUUGAAACUGAAGAAAUUGAAGAACUACCAUCCUUUGAGUCAACUUUAGUAAGCAAGCUGGACCAAGCAUAUGCAGUGACUGAACUGGAACAAUUAUCAUCACCAUCAACAGAGCAGGUUGUAGUGAAUGAAGCACAUUAUGAGGUAUUGAAUGAUGUGUUAGAUACUAAUGAUGGUUCUCAAAGAGAAUUUAUUAAAUCAGAAGACAGUCAAAUUGAUGUAGCAAGCAAAUUUUCAGAAAUGGAUGACUCUGUCUUGAGACCCAGUGAUAUACAGGAAGGUCAGGGUUAUAUGAUGCCAAUGAUAAAAGACAUAUACAACACUCUUAGAGAAGGGGAUUCUAAAGAAUUACCUGUAUCCAAAAAUAUUGAGGUGCUUUUAAGUGGUGAUAGUAAGAGAUUAUUUACACCAGAAUCAUUACUAACAAGAGAUUCUACUGAAGCUAAAACAAUUCCACCUGACACAAAAGAAAACUUUUCUGAAGGAAUUAAAGCAGAAGCAGUAAUUGCUGAGUCUAAGUUAACUCAGUUGCAGUCAACAUUGGGUAGUACUGAAAAGGAACAGUCCUUGGAAUUGGACAUUAAAGGGAAUGAACCUGAUAAUAAGGAAGAGAAUUAUUGCAAAUCAGUAAUACCAGUAGUUGGAAAAUAUUUGUUCAAAGAUAUCUUGAUAGCAAAUGCUGUAUCUGACUUGGAUACAGUUGAAUCUACUCUAGAUGUAAUGGAAUGUGUAGACACCUCACAGGUGAGAAAGCCUUUAAGUUCAGAAGAACAAAUCUCACAUUAUGAAUGUGAGUAUAGUGCAUCUGACAAGGCUGAAGAGUCAUUGUUUGGCAUGGACAAUACUUAUUCACAAAAAGAUAAUGGAGAGGAAGUGUCAGUGACAGAUGACAUAAUAACUGAAGAUUUUGAUAAUGUUCAAGAAGCACAGGUAAAUGUCAGUUACCAAAAAUUAGGGAGCACUGUAAAGGAUGCUAAUAUACCCUUAAACUUGCAGACAAAAAUUGGCUUACGCCACAAUGCAAAAUUGGUCAGACCAACAGUAUCUGAAGAUGCACAAGUAAAUGAAUGCAGUAUCAUCAUCCCAAUUGAACUGAGAAAAUAUGAUCUGGAUACAAAACAAUUAAGUAAUAAAAAUAUUAACUAUGGCAGAUUAGAAUCUGAGUCAGAAACCAAACCCAGUGAACAUUUUGAGGAUGCAACAGAAUUAGUCAAACCUCCAGAGCUGAGCAGUACAGAGGUAGAGGUGAGUGAACAAUUAAUAGAAGAUGUAAUAGACUCAACUUUAAUAAGCCCUUGUAAAAAUGAGAAUGUUUCUGUGCUAAAUUCUGUUUCUGAAGAACUUAAAACAAUCAUUUUUACUUUAGAGCAGAAUCUGAUUGCUGGUACAAACACUGAUAUUAGCAUAACACCCAUUCUUGCAAGGUUAGAACAGAUGGAACAAGAAGUGGUUAACCUUGAUUCCAUUUCCAAAGCACCUGAGUCCAGUAUUCCUGUUUUAUUACAUGAUAUUCAAAUUGAUGAUGUAGUGUCUACUUCGCAGGCUUCAUCAUCCACACAGAAGGAACUAGAAACUCACAGAGAGAAGUUAAAUUUUGAAGACUUCAGCUACAGUAAGGUUACGAUGCCUGUUGGGUUGAGCACAGAAGCCUCUACUUUAGCACUCCCUCAUGGACAAAGUCCCAAUGUUGAAGAUUUAUUUAGUGAUGGUGAUCAGACACCAAUGUUAAAAAGAAAAGCACUUAAUUUGACUCUGCAGAAAGAUGCAGAAACUGUAACUGAUACAGAAGAUACAGAUCUGUCUGGAGAAGAGGAUGACAUUAUAAAGGAAGAAAGUAACAUACCCACUAUUCAAGAUUUAGGCCUUCUUCCUGAACCUAAUAAAGAGGUAAUAAACUUGACUGAGGGUUAUGCUAGAGGAGCUAGUCCUAUUCUGCACUCAGAUUCAGAACCAGAAAGUGAGGAUGUACAAGGAAAGCAUAUGAAGAACAUAUUGAGGGUAGAUAAAAUGAACCAGCUUGAUCUUCCUUCUGACGAUGUUGCAGAGGCUCUUACUGAUGUUGAAGAUAUGGUAGCCUCAGGAGAUGAGGAAGAGGUUGUUGAAGCUGAAGAUUCUCUUCCAGAGCAUUACAUGGAUCAAAGUGAAGGAGUGUCUGAUAGGGAAAAACUAAAAGCUUCAUCUCCUGCCCCUAAGAUCUUUUUGGCUGAAAGUGAAGACUUAAGUGAUGAUGAUAAAAAAGCUCUAAAGCAUAACAGACAUAAAUCUAAAGUUAUUCUGGAAGUAAAUCCUCAGGAAGGAGGCACAACUGAUGUUGAGGAUUUAGUUUUGAGUGAUAAAGAAGGAAAAGAAAAGCCAGAGUGUGGUAAAAAUAAAAAAGAAAAAAUAAGAAGAAAGAAACAGAUUAGGCGAAAGACAGUGCCUAAGAAGACAAUCGCAGCAAAGUCUCUCAUUGUUCUGACUGGUGAUUCCAGUGGUUUGACUGAUGUUGAGAUUUUAUCUGGAGAUGAGGAUGAGGGGGUAGUGGAGGAUGAAGAUUUAGGCUUAAUAGUGCCAGAAAUAGACAUAGGCAUCUUAACAGAUUCUGAGGAUGUAGAAGUUUCUGACACUGAAGAUGUGGCUGACUUGAUGCCCAAGCCUGUGGAUAAAGUUGAAAUAUCCCUUAUACCAGAUCCUCACUCUGAAAGAGUUAAAAUUAGUGAAAUAGAAGAGGCAGCACAAGAAGAAUCUGGAGGUGAAACAGAAGAGGAAGGAUUUGAACUAAAUGAAAAGGAUGACGAGAAAGCUUUAAACCCUCGGCAAACAGUUUUGCAUGAGCCUAUUGUAAUUGUAGGGAAGGAGACACUUGAUGCAGAUGAGGAAACAUAUGAAGCUGCUCUUACAGAUACUGAAGAUUUAGGUAUUGAUGAACAUGAGGAAGAAGAAUUACUUGCUCAUAUCACAAUCGUUUACCAGAAGAAGGGGAUAUUUAUACAAUUACUGAAAUGGAAUCAUGCAGUGACAGAUGUGGAAGACCUUGAUGAUAGUGGUGAGUAUGGAAAAAAUGAAGUUAAAACAAUUCCAGAAGCAAAAACAAAAGUUGAGGAUGGUCUCACUGAUGAAGAGAGUGUAGACGAAUCUGACAUUGAAGAGGAAAUUCAAGAACCACCAAAGCAGGUAAGGAAAAGGAACAAGAGACUACCCCUUGUUCCACAAGUUUCUGAGGUUCGAUUUGUUGAGACAGAGCAAGGGCCACUAAGCAUAAUUAUCACUCCAGAUACAAUUGAAAAGCAUCUAGAUCAAAUAAUGAAAGACCAAGUAACAAAUGUUGUGUUCUUAGAAUCAGAAGACAAAGAAGAGGCUAUCACAGACAUUGAAGACCUUUCCGAUGGAGAAGAAGGAAAAACGAUUCUAAAUUUAAAGUUACCUCAAAACAAACAAGAACCAACCACUGAUACCGAGGACUUUGAUAUUGACCCUUGUGAGAUGAACCGACCUCUCAGUCCAGUUCCACCAAAUAUUAAGUAUAAUGUUUUACCAAGUCCUAAACGGGAAUUAAUUCAAAUUAAGGAAGACAAAUAUGGUGUUCCUCAAGUAACUGUUCGGAAGUUAGAAAAAGAUGAAUUAUUUGUAUCUGACAUUGAAGAUUUGGGUGCCACAGAUAUAGAAGACUUAGAUGUAUCUGAAGAUGAGGCACUGAGGUUAGUUGGCAUAACUGAAGAUUCUACAUCAGAUUUUGAAUUUCCUGAUGCAGGAACUACAGAAGUCUCGACAAAAAUGAUUCACAAAAUCCAAUCAGUGCAUGUGGAAGUUGAGGAAGGAGGUGGUACUGAUAUUGAGGAACUCCCUACAACCAGAAAACCUCGGCGCAAAGCCAAAAGUCAUUCAAAGUUGAUGCCUAAAGAACAGGGAGAAGAUAGUCAUACUGAUAUUGAAUUACUCAGUGACCAAGAUGACAAAGGAAAGCUUACAGUACGCUUGGAAAACCCAGGAGGCAAUACUGAUGUGGAGGAUUUUGAAGCUUCAGAGACUGAAGAGGUAGAGGUACCAGACAGAGAAGAUAUGCCAACUCCAGAUAUAAUACGUGAUGCAGCAAUAAAAAAAAUGAUAAUAUUGAAAGAAGGGCCUGAUGGUACAACUUACACAGAAGAUGCACAUGUUGCAGAAGAUCCUGUUAACUUUUUGGGGGUUGAAGGAGAAGCUGGAGGCAUAACAGAUGUUGAGGACAUGGAAGUUUCGGGAGCAGAGGAUGAAAUUAUCACAGACCAUCCUGCAGUGGAUUUGCCAGAGUAUGAAGCUUCAAGUGUGGAUAUUUCAGAGACAACAAGCCUCCCAUCUGAUAGUAAUGAAGCUAAACACAUUAAGGAUAAUCUUCUUCUCCCCGAAGACAACUUUAAUAAUCUCACAGACGUAGAGUCCCUUGGUGAAGGGGAAGGGACCCAUGAGGCAGGCCAGCUUGUUGACCGGCAGAUACCCCCACACUCCCACGAACAAGCCUCCUCCGGCCCUCCUACUUCAGGCACCAAGGCAGGCCCAGCUCAUGGCAAGAGUAAUCUGUCUGAAGCAGAUCUGGCUGUACUGGAAAGUAUGAUGGUUGCCCAGGAGGCUGAAGUUGAAGAGAUGACAUUCACCCACAAGCAAGCCGAAAUAGAAGCUGAUGCAAAAUUAGUUAAACCAGAUACUGAUACUAUGAUUUCUGAUAAAUCAUUGAAGAUGCAUAAAUUAGCUAAACCUCCAAUUACUAUGGAAGAUCACCUAGCAAUUAUUCAAACUCCAGCACUUUCUUCAAGUGAUAAUGUGAAUGCAGCAGGUAGAGCAACAGACACAGGUCAACAAUUAGGUGAUCUAACAAAACGUGUUGCAGAUGUUGCAUCAACUAUGGCAUCUACUUUAGAGAGUAUUACAGCCGUUGCUGAGGGUUUGGAAGGAAGCCAUUUGUCUAGUGAUGAAGGGGAAGAACAACUUAUGCUGAUGCGUGAUUCUCCACGCUGGGAGGAUGAGGAGAUCCAGGCUGAAGACACAGAUGAGCCAAGAGCAAUUAAAGCUGAAAUCAAACUCCUUGUCAAAACUACUGAAUUAGGGAAAGAGUCAAUUGAGAUAAGAAGUAUUCGAGAAUUUGUGGAAUGCGAAGAUAAAGAUCUGACUGGUUUUGGAGGAGUUGUACAGUCACCAUCUCUUGAAUGUGGCCAAAUAACACCAAUGGGUGACCGAGUAUACACCCUUCAAAGAGCAUCCCCAGAUGUGAGUUCUCCCAGCCCCAGGUUUGUUCGGCCACAGCAGCCCUCCACAGAUUCAUCCUACACUGAGCCCACACAGGACGAAUUUGAUCUCAUGGCUCAAGUGCGAGACGGUGGCCUUCAUGGUGGUUGUCCUGAAGCACAAGGCAUGGACUGGGAGGGGAAAAGUGUAGACAGCAUGUAUACUGAAACUGUGGUGCAGGCUAAACUCUCCAUGCUCCCUGAAGUGGACACCAGCGAGGGUGUUGCCCCUACCUCCCCUCCCUCCUCUACCCUUCUUCCUGCUGCUCCUCCACUAUCAACUACCCCUCUCUGUUCAGAUCUGCCCCAGCCAACCAGUAUCCACUCCCAGGCUCACACUUACCAAGACCUUACUAAGCAAUCUUCUCAAACCCUCUUGAACCUGGAACCCUCUCAUCUGCAUGAUUUUCAUUCUUUGGAACCUCAGGGCUUUGACACGUCACCAUCUUCUGCAACUAAGCUAUCAGAUCCUCUUUUCUUAGAAAAGGGCUAUGUUAGUGGUGCUGAAGCUACUGUUAGCCAUCUUGUGACAUCCCCUUCAUUUGCUUCCCUGCUGUCCGAAAGUGCUGCCCAAGUGACUGGAACUGAUGAAGUAGCAGCUGCUAGUGUAACCUUCAACACAAGCAGUGCUUUUGUUUCUUUAGGGCCAAUUUCACCCACAGAGAACUCAAGUGAAGAUCAUGCUGAAAUUGACCGAACUAGUACAGAAUUAUCUCCAGACAGUGUUCGCUUUGAACAAGAUAUACUUGACACCAGAACUGAAGAUGAAGCUCCAGAUCUAGAUGAUGACCUCUUCCCAGCUUCCCCAGUGCUGGGGCCAGAAUUUAGUGAUAGAAUUUUUUCUGUAGAAGCCACAGAAGAUACAGACAUCACAACACCAAUGGAGAUGAGAGAUUCACAUACAGAAAGAGAUGCUUCUGCCUCAAACUUGGAAUUUGUUGAUGACAGAGAGGGUACAGAUCUUCUCAAAGAGACCCUUCUUGCUGAAGAUAAAGAUGAGAGCAUUGCUUACUUAUCUCAGGAAGUAAGAGAAGUUCAGAACAAGAUAAGUAGGUUGCAGGAGCUAGUAGAAACUGAAGUUGACCCUGUUGUAGCUAGAUCAGAGGUUAAGGUAAUACUAAAUACAAUGGAAGACAUUAGAGAAGCUGUGGGGAAUGAUAAAAUUGAAAAUAAUCCUGAGUUUAAUAGUAUGGCCCAGGAAAUUCUUUCAAAUAUUAAUUCCUUAUCUGAAACAGUAGCAGAUAUUAUACAAAAAUUACAACUCUCUGACCCAGAAUACUCUGACUUUUGGAGUAAAGUUGAAAUGAAAGCAGCCAGAAGAACAGAAUCCACUGUUGUGGAAACUGGUUCAGCUGAAGAGGGUAGCCCAUCUGAUGCAAAUAAUCGUGAUAAAAGCUUUUCAGAUCUCCUUGAUUCAGAUGAAUUAAAUCGUGAUAGCCUUGAAGAUGAAUUUGAUCGCCUUGCUGCUGAUCUAAGUUUAUCAUCCAAAGCUGAUGCUGCUAUAGAAUUUUCACCAAAAGUCACCAGCACUGCUGCUCCUUCUGAUGUUCUAUCUUCUCCUAUCUCUUCUAAUGUUUAUCCCUCCAAACCUCCUGAUGCUUUACAGGCCACACAACGGGAACCAGAUGUGGGAGUGGUGUUUACAGAGCAUAAAGAGUAUGGGGGCAGGGUGAAGCCAUCUGCAGAGACGACAGGCGGACAUUCGCACAUUUCACCCUCACCUAGUCCUCAUCCUUCCCAGAGUAUCCACUCCUCAUCCUUCACUUCAUUCCAGGAGAAACUUCCAGGCACAACACCUGUGACAUUGGAAGACAGUCAGCAAUUACAAGAUGAAUGUCCUGCUCCUAGCAGGCCAGUGAGAAGACAUGAACGUACAUUCUCCCAAGCUAGCAAUAUAUUUACUGGGACUAUUCCUUCAGAACAUAAACAUGAUAAAAAAAAAGAGGAUAAGCAACCAAUAAGUGAAGAAAGCACUGGAAUAACAGAAAAUAUCAAACCAUAUUCUGAGCGGAAACAAUUUUGGGAAAGUGUUACGUCUCAUUCAUUUGAAUCUAAAGGUAGCACUUUAAUUAAGAGUGAAACUGAAAGUGACACAGACACAACAGGAACUGAUGGUACUGUUGUGGAAAGAAAACUUGUACAGGAAAAAAAAGUGACUGCUAUAGAGAGCUCAGACUCUGAGGCAGAAUAUAUACGGCAAAGAGAUGACCCGGCUUUUUAUGAAAAUGCAGGUUUUGCAGGAACAGAGAGAAUUGAUAUUCCAAAAGAGAUAGGUAGAGAGAGAGCUAUCAGUCCAUUUGAAGUUAUUCGCACAAAGGAAUCGGCAGAAGAUCUGCCGUCUCCAGAAGAUAUAGCAUAUAAAGAUGUCUCCUCCAAGCGUGCACUUUUUGAAAAAGAAAUUAAAAGACAGUCAAUGGAGAUUGAGGAAAGUCAGUCAUGGAAACGAUCAUCAAAAGAAUAUGAUGAAACAGUAGUAAUAACUGAAGAGUCAGCAUCUAGUAUACUGAAAAAGAGUGAAGAAAGUGAACACCAACUGAAAGAGACAAUAGAAAAAGAUAGAGAGACUGUAAAACAAAAAUUGGAAACUAAAAAAGAUGAUAAAACUAAAACUGACAUAAAAAGAACAGAAAUUAAAUCUAAAACUGAUAAAACUAGUAGUAAGGAAGAUCAUUCUGAAACUGUAGAGUCGUCCAAACUACAUCAUGAGAAAACAGAAACUAAAGAGGAAAAGGUAGUAUCGGAGGUCAGUACCUCUGGUAAAAAAUCUGUUACUCAGACAGAUGCUUCCAUUGAAAAAAAAGAGAAGGAAAGUUCAGAAAAGGCAGAAAAAGUAAUUCAUGAAAAGAAAGAUAGCCAAGGCAGUACUCUUUCUAAAAUCAUAUCAGAAUCUGAAGAAAAGGCAGAAAGUUCAUCAGAGGCAAAAAAAACCAUCCAUACAAUAUCUACAGAGGACAAAGAUGUUACUCAUGAUGAAGAUGUGCCCAGAACUGAAGAAACUUUAGUUGAAGAGCCUGUUGAUGCCUCUUUUGAUAAAACAACUGUUAACAUAACUGAAGAAUCUCGGCAAGUGGGGGACACUCACGAGACAGUGAUAAGGGAAACGACUACUACAAGAGAUGGGGACCAAGAACAACGGGUCAUCAAAGAAACAAAGACCCAAGAGACUGCAAUGGCCGAUGGCUCGACUAUCAAAACUACGUCCAUUACAACUUUCACAACACAGCUAGAUACGAAAGAAACUAUUAAUUUAGAUAAACAGUCUAAAGCUCGAACUGAGGUUUUCGCAAAGGAAAUUGUUGAAGAGCCAGCAGAGACCUUGCCUGAAGAGGCACACAUUUACAGUACCAAAACUGCAAAAGAAAAAUCAGAGGCUUUUGUUGAGCAACGCAUGAAGUCUGACAUUUUUUCCCAGGAACUGUCUUCUUCUGCUGAAGACCAAAGUCCAGAGCACAAAGUUAUUACUCCCAAGGAUACUAAAGCUCCUGUUUCUUUAAAGGCACAGGUUAUUACUCAGCCUUUAACAAGCCCUAUUUUAGUACCAGAAGAAAAUGUUCAAGAAAUUGUUUGGGAAGCAUUCCAGGAACAGUCAGAAACAGUAAUGUCAGAAACAGUGCAAGAUAUUCCACAUCAACAACCAAUUAAAUCUCAUUAUGUAAAAGAUAUAAGUGUUGAUGAUCAUAAGAAAAUGCAAAAGAUUCGUAGAAAGUCAUCUGGUGGAUCAGCUAAAACAAAAUUAAGUGAAGAUGAAGCUAGGAAACUUGCGAUCGAAAUUGUAGAAGAAGUAAAGACAGAAGCUGUUAAACGAUCACCUCUUGCAACUCCUUCCCUAUCUAUGAAUGAAUUUUCAGUUGAAUUACAGGAUGAUGUUUGUGAUGGUUCUGCACAACCAUCAUUACCAAGACCAAUCCCUGAAUCAGCAUUUACAGAAGAAACUACCACAAAGAUUGAAAAGUACAUUCAGGAGCAGUUGCAAGAUGAUAUAGAUGAAAAGCAGCUCAAACUUAUUGAAUCUGUAACUGCUAGAAAAACUGAAAUGUUGCAUAAGAAAUUAGUGGGGAGUGAAUACCAGCAGAGCAUGGAAAUAACAGAUGAAGAUCUCCGUUCCAGUGGUGCAGAACUCUCACCAAUUGAGCACCAGAUGGAACGUUUGCGCCAGAUGACUGAAGAAGAUGACAUUCAGCGGUUUCCACGGGAGCCUUCAGAAGCAGACGAGAGUGAGAGUUCUAUGAUAAUUCAUGAGACUGUUGAUGAUAUUAUAUCCAGUGAGUAUGAUCAAGCAAAUCAAAUGAUUUCAAAAACAUUAGAUGCUCUAAAAACUGCAGAUAUCAAUAGAACUGAAAGAGCAAUAGAAACUAUCAAAGAAGUACCAGAGAAAAUAAUUGGAACUGCUGUUCUUGUAAAAGACACAGAAUUUUCUGAUACAAAAGGGCUGAUAAAACUGAGUCAAAGUGAAGUUACAGAGACUGCACGGCAGCUAGUGAAAGAAGUAACUGAGAAAGCUAAGGAGUCAGAGGCAGUAAAACAGGCAUCCUUAGCCACUGAGCUCAGAGAGGCAUCAGGAAGCUGGGAGCAAAGUAAGACGCCCAGUCCAAAAUCAGGAUCUAAGCCAAGCUCUAGGAAGGGUUCUUGGAUGGACGAUGAUGAACUGAGACGUGAGUUUCGGAGGGACUAUGAAGAUAAAAAAAAAAUGUUUAAAGAAGAAAUGACUUCUGACAAGCCAGAGGUUUCUGAGGUUGAUGCCAAAGGUGAUGAAUCUGAAUUUACCAAAAUAAUACACCAGAAGAGUUCUGAAUCUCACAAAGAAGUUCACAUGGAAUCUAGUAUGACAGAAAGCAUGGAAGAAUCUAGCACUGUUGAAAGCAUCCGGUCAUUUGAAGGUAAAGCAAGACCGGAAAUUACCACCUCUGUUAUAAAGGAACUGAGAGAAGUAGAAACAGAAAAAAAACAAGAGGAAAGGUCCUUCAGUAGCCAUGAAGAAGUUGUAAUGAGAAAGAAAACUCAUGUAGAUGAGUUUAAUCGCCGAUCUGGAACAGAUUUUGACACUUACUCAAGUUCUGGGGAAAGUCACUACUUCACUGCGGCAGAAGGAACAUCGGACAGUCGAACAGCAAGUCGGCCGUGUUCCUCAGAUGUGGAAGCAUUAAUGUCUGAGCGCACUGGGACAUCAGAGUAUGAUACUGCACUUACUUCCCAAGAUACAUCUCAGUAUUCAAGCUAUUCAACUUCUUCUCAAGAUUACCGUACAGCAGGAAGCUCUUUGAGCUCCAGAGAUUCCAUGAAAUCUAUUGAUUCAGAAAGCUCUGGAAACCUUGCAAGUGUUGAACUUAGUGAGGCUUCAGAGACUUUGGUACCCUCUGCAAUGGAACUUGAAAAAGACAUGGACCUUCUGGAACAGGAGUUAUUUGAAGAAGAGCUGUCACAUUCUGCUCAUCAAACAAUUAUCCCUCAGUUAACUAUUCAGUCUGAUACACCAAAAUCAGAAGACAUGCCUUGUCCAUUUGAUUUGGAAUCUGAUGAGAGUGAGUUUGAUCAAGAAACUAAAGAUGAAGAAAGAGAAGCUCACAUUACUUCCAGGAUGAAGAGAUCAAUAGAAAUGACAUUUCACCCAGAACCUAAGCCCCUCACUGAUGACAAAAGAACCAGUGUCAUAGAAAGUAUAGCUUCAAGUUUAGAGGAAAGCACAUUAUCAGAGAUGUCAAUGGCAACAAUAAUAGAACAAGAUAAGAGUAUGCAAGGCUCUACUACAACAGAUUCAAAUAUGUCUAUAUCUAGUGUUUCUGAACGUGUAGUUUCAUCAGUCGAAGGUCAAGAACUUGAACGUCAUAUUUCCCGCACUGAUAGUGGAGUAUUAACUACAGAAACAGGAGAUGGUGACAUGGCAUUACAUUCUGUCACAAUUACAGCAACGGCUGUACCUUCUGCUACGCCAGACCAAAAUACAGCUUCUAUGUGUACACAAGUAACCUCAGAGACACGCUCUCAUCCAGAUUUAACUGAAAGUGAGCAGUUUUUUCACGCUAAUGGACCCACUGAAGUAGAUUAUGUACCCGAGUACGACGAUGAGGAAGUACAAGGUGCUCGGCCAGCUGUAGCCUCCAUGGUGUCUCCUGUACAGGAGGUAGCAGGAGCUGUAGCUGGCCCUUCAGAGGGUCCACAUAAAGUUAUUGUGGAAGAAUGCUAUGAAACUGAAGCUGAUCAGGAGUAUGGUCACAUGAUUCGAGAAAGUGAAUAUUCAGAGUUGGCUGAAGCUGAACUUCAGUAUUCUCUGGAGGAGCAGCCAGAAGCAGAAAUGAGUAGUAUGCUAAUCAUUGAUGAGCCUAUAGAAAGACCUAGGACACCAGAACCUGGGUAUAUUCCUUCAUCCCGUCCCACACCACUGAUUAUCCAAUCUCCAGAUGAACCAGAAGAAUUCACUGAAGUAGACAAGAGAUUUAGUGCUGUAUUUUCUACUACUUAUGAAGAGAGAGAAGAAGUUUCUCGUUCUUUAGUCCCGGGUAUGAGUAUAGAUGUUCCAGAUAUAACUAUCACAGAGCAUACAUUACCUAUGCCAAGUCAGUAUUGCUACCCAGAUCUCGAGCGAGAAGAAGAUUUUCCCGAGUGCCGAGCAUUAGCUGAGGCUGAAUCUAGUGCCCAGGAUGUUCCAGCAACUCCUGGGUCUCAGGAAUCAGCAUCCAGCUGUCCCUCACGUAAAUCUUCCUCAACGGAUUCUGAGCAGGGUCGAGAGUAUUGUCUUGAUGAUGUUGCUAGAGGCCUACCAUUUGAGUCCUUUGAGAUGGUGCAAGCUGAUGACAUUGAUGAUUUCUCUGAAUAUGAAAGAACUCUUUGUAUGCAUGAAGAACGUAUGUUAGAAAUGUCACAAAUUAGAGAAGAGGAUGAGAAAGAAGUCGAGGAGCGUAGAACUGAUUCAUCCCCCGUUCUUAUUCCUAGUCAGUUAAAGGCUGUUAAGGUAGAAACUAAGGUAGAGAGCAGUAGUGAUUCUCAGACACAUGAUUUAGAACUUGGGGAAGUGGGACCCGAUCCAACCAUUGAGGAACAGAGGCGGUGGCUAGAAUUACAGUUUGAGGAAAGCGAUGCAACGAAGUUUGAUUAUCCUCAGACUGGUUUUCUAGAGCACGUUUAUUCAGGACCACUUGAAGAUAUUGAAGAAGAGCGUGAAGAUGCUGAAAGGCGGGAUCUGUCACACAUUACGAAAACUUCUUCAUUAUCCUCAACCCCAGAAUAUGAUGUUUUAGCUGGUAGAAAAUUUUUUACUCGUAGUGGAGAUCAUGACGAUAUAUCAAUGAGCUCUCUUCAGGAAUUUGAAAAUCUUGAAAGAGCAGUUGCUGUAGAAGCUGUAGCAAGAAGGUCUAGUUCUGGUUCACAAGAAUCUCUCAAUGGCAAAAGGCCAGAUAGCAAGAGUGGCCAGGGUGAUGAUAUCUCAGUUGGAUCAUUUGCAUCCCUUCAAGAAUUUGAGCGAUUAGAAAAGGAGUGUUUAGUGGUGGAGCAGAUUGAGAAAAAGGCACGUGAGGAGGAAGCCAUGUUAUCAGAAAUAGAGGAAGGUCAUGAAAGCCAAGUUUCAGAAUCAGAGAGUUGUGAGACAUUAUCUGAGCCUGGUAAAGGGUCUGUUGAGGGAGAGGAAUUCGACCACAGAAUGUUUGAAAUUGAUGAAAUUAUUCGUCAGGCACAGAAUAAUGUGGAAAAGCUUGACAAGAGCAAACCUGGAUAUGAAGGGGUACGGCUAAAAGAUAUUGUUAGUGUAGAUGGUUCAGGAGAUGAUGGCACCAGUAGUAGCCAGGCUGAUCGUACCCCAAGUGUUGGGCGUGAAGAGGGAGAUGCAGAUUCCUUAGAAGAGGCUCAGUUACCAGAACUUGACAUGGAUCAUCCUACUGCUGGAGGAAUGUCAUCGUCAACUAAGCAAGAUGCUAUGACAUUGAGUACUGAUAGUAUAGAAGCAUUAUCCAAGCACAGGGUUCCCCGUGAAACAAGUCAAGAUUCCUUAGAAAAGUUACCAGGACGUACAUCUGAUCCUAUGACCACAAGUGUAGAUAGCAUAGAUUUAACAAGCCGACAGGACCCCAUGACUACAAGUACUGACUCUCUGGAAGGGCGGCGCAAGCGCCAAGACCCUAUGUCUGCUUCGACAGAUUCAAUUGAUCCUUGCCGACGUGAUGCAAUGACUACCAGUAUUGAUAGCUUAGGCAGAGAUGACUCUAGUGGUCGUGAUGCUGACAUCAGCUCAGGGAGUGAACAAGUGAGACCACUCACUAAAGAUGGAUUAAUGGAAUGCAGUACAGAUUCCCUGGAACCAUCAUCAUCCCAGGCUACACAUGCAACCUAUCAAUAUGAUACAGAUUCAGUUAUGUCAGGCUCAUUUACUAGUGGUUGCUCUAACACACUAAUUGCCUCAACAGAUGAAUUUCCAGAUGUAAUGACUUCUUCUAUGUAUCUCCCUGAAGGAGAAUUGCCCAAAGAAGGUGAUGAACACUAUAUGAAAUUUAUGCAUGCCAGUGGUGGAUCAGCAGCCGAGAUGGUGACAGCAUCCACCGAGCCAGGCUUUUCCCAUUCUAUUACUCGUGUAGUUAGAUUGCCACCUGAAGCUCAUCAAGUUACUUUUACAGGUCCUGAUGCUCAAAGAAAACUAGAAGAAUACAUUCAGGAGUUUAAUGCAGGUCAGCAUUCUUCUCAAGAUGAAGUUAUAGAUGAUCAGGGCAAUGUCCAUAUACGUCGGGUGACACAGACACGUGUUGUAACAGAUCCUAGCCGAAUUCGAGAACAUGGAUUCUCCUUUUCUGAGCCCAGCACUCAGGAAACAGAAAUACGUGAUGAACAUGGCAAUGUAACACGUGUAAUUCGGCGGACAGUUGUUACCAGUCAAACCAUUGAAGUUGACCUUGACACUGGAGAACCUGUAAUACAGCCUGGUCCAACCUCCUCUUCCUCCUCCUCAAGCAGUUCCUUCUCCCGUAUACCUAGACCAGUGACCAGUCCUCCUCUGGCCUCCCGGCCCCCCCCUCCUGGUCCGCCCCCUGGGUCGCGCGGCCCCCGUGAGCCCGUCCCCCCCUCCCUGGAGCCCAACACAGUAUCAGACGUUGUGCAGCCGGACAGUGGAGCGGGGGCGCAGCAGGCGCCAGGUUUAGGAGUUGAAGAGAUGAGCAGUAUGAUGGAAAGUUAUACCAGUGAUGGUAGUGACCCCAUUACUACUACUCAUAUCACCAGGAUCAUCAGAAGGACACUAGAGGAUGGGGAAGUAAAGGAAGAAGUCUAUGAAGAAUACUAAGGAGGAGAUUGAGAAGGAAUACUUUGGAAAGAGGAAAAGUAUGAUUCCUCUCAGUCCUCCUUAUUUGUCCACCUGCUUUCCUGCCUACCAUUAAAACUGCCAUCACCAACGCUCCUUCACAAUCAUCGGCAAAAUCCCUACUUUUUCCACUAGCCCUCUGACACUUCUAUAAAGAAUUUUAUUAAGAGGUCUCAUAUAUUUUCAUGCUCAUCAUUGAUAAGCUCCUCAGCCAGAUAAUUGAUGGCUUUGUUACAUAUUUAGUCCAUCUUAUAUUUUCUCUCAUCUUAAGAAUGUUGUCCUAGAGAAAGAAUAGGAAAUUUAUUGAGAAGUCAGUGAAAACACAGCAAGUGACAUAUCGGUUGUCAAAGGAUCUAGUCAGGACCGAUACUACAAGGAUUUCAUAAUUUUUUUAAUGUUAUGAGUGAGAAAUUUUUGUUUGUGACCUUCUGUUGUAAUAAGAUUAUAGUGUUGUCAAAGAAAGCCAAAUCCAUCUGUAAUCUGAUAGUAUAAUUUCUAUGAAAGUGAUUUUUGAAAGAUGUCCAUAAAUGAUCACACACACAUUUGUAAAGGUGCACACCCUAUUUGAGCUGUCAAGGUGUUCUAGGUUAAGUGACGUUCCCCUUGUGAUGUGGCAUGUUUCAUCCUAGUAUGACACUGAUUAUUUUAUUAUUAAGAAUACUGCUGAAGACAUGUCAGGUAUAUAACUAAAUCUGUAGCCACGGGAUGAAAUAGGAGACCAACAUUUCAAUAGAAGCUAUAUACUGUAAUCAUUUUAAUAUUCAGGCUCUUAGACUGGUAGAAUGUUACUAUUGUGGCUUAUGAAACAUCCAGUUAUGGGCAUGUUGAAUGUAAGAUAGCUAUUAUAUUUCCACUUAAUUCAUUUGACACACCCACAAAAUUAGUGGUGAGACUGAUGAUUUCAAGUCAUAAAUGGGGUCUCUUAUAUGAUUUAGUUAGGAAGAUCAGCAUAUGGUUACCCUAAUUAUAUCAGAAAUCAGCACUCACUGUGUUUGUUUCCCUCAUGGUCAUAAGUGGAUGAAAAAUAUGAUAAUGCCUUAGCACCUAUUCCUAGAUUACUCUCUGGCCAACAGUUGUUAACUUCAUUCUUUUUGAGUUGGUCUUGAUUUAGGCAGGCAUAGGACUUGAGAUGGGGAAGAGGCUUGUCCUGAGGUAUUUCGUAGGCCUCAUCCCAGUCCUGGCUUAACUCAAGACAAAGUAGCUCCAAACAUUGUGGUCACUUAUCAAGUUUUCAAAUAAAUGCUUAAUGUGA